ACAUUAGACCGUUCAUUUCUGUGAUUAUUGUUUCAUGAAAAUUAUUAACAGCUUACAAAAUUGACAUUUUGGUAGAUAUUUAAAGGAAUCUGAUUAAGAUGAACGCUUUAAACGCAAGGACCAGCAAUAAACAACGGCAUAUUUAUGCUACAGAAUAUCGGAAUACUGCCUCAUUAUAUGUGAUGGUUUUGCAAUCCUUUGGGAUACUAAAUACCAUAAUUGUUGGAGGAGAUCGAUUCCAUGGGUUUCAGAGGCUCAGAGUCAGCGACAAGGGGAUGCGUGAGGCGGGCGUGAGUCAUACAUCGCAAUCGAUUGACUGGAGUCUUGGACACACUGAACUAAUGUCUGCUGUAGCAUUUUGACGAAGGGAAAAUAAGACAAAAGUGCCUUCACAUAGCAAGCAUUAACACAAUGACGUCGAACGACAAAGACCUCCGAAUUGAGGCCCGGAAUUUCUGCGACUCCCUCGCCAACGUAUUCAUGAUGAAGAGACGGGAUCCACAGACCCAGCGUCUCCUAGAGAAGUCCAAGGGUCUCCUGGAGGCGCUCCUGAAGGAACAACGUAUCAAGGCGGACCGCCCGGUCGUUCCGCCGAAGCCCCGGGGUGGGACCGGCGGUGGCGGCAUGGGGCAGCUGUGGAUAAAGUUGGACGAACUGAAGCGGGAAAAUGAGGACAUGAGACGAAAAAUGUUAAGUAAGAAGAGUGAGGAGAAACAAAGCCCUGGAAAGUCACAAAGCCCAGGGGAGGUGAUUAUUUCGGAAUUGCACAAAUGUAAGAGCGAAAAUGAGACUUUAAGGUCGCAGCUAGAGAAAUCUCAGACUGAAGUCAAGGAGCUAGAGCGGGUAAACCUGACACUACAAGACGAGUUCAAGCGGACGAAAAUAGCACAGGAAGUGUCUCAAGACACGCUUGAGAAGAUCCGGAAGGAACGCUCCACACUAGAAUCGUCUCUGGUGACCGUCAAAUCGGAAAACGACACCCUUAAAAUGAGGCUGACACACAGUGUUAAACCUAUAAAGCGACCGGACCCGCGGCUUGUCGAGAACAUACAGGAGCGGUGCCGUCCGUCUACGGUGGCGCAUGCGUACACGCAUCUCGAGAGCCAGGAGUGGGUAGACGCCAAGGAGGCACUGGAAGACGCUGGAUAUGAUGAUGAGGUGGCCGUGACGCGCGUACUGGCGGAACUGCUCAUGUUGUGCUACUCUGUAUGCACGGAUCUGCUAACAGACGUUGAAAGUGGAAUUGCAGAAAUACUCAAAGACCCAGCAAAAAUGCUGGACAGUGGAUAUCUGACAUGCGCGAGGGACUCGGGAACGCUCCCGGAAGAGCUGCUAGGAGCCGUCAAGGAAAACCUCCGUCAUCACACAGAGCACGUGGAUGUCCAGCCAAUUGUUCAGAAGUGCAAGGAGCGCAUUGCAGCCGACCCCAAGUGGAAUCAGUUUGAAGGCCUUCUAAGUCACAAAUCCAUAGAGCGCUAUGUGGCACAAUGCGCACGUGUCACGUGGCAAAUGGUCGCUCAGCACGUGCCAAUGUGGCUGUGCACGGAUGACACGGUUUUCGACGAGGAGACGCACAAACUGUGGUGGUCAUGUGAAAAAUCCGAGGACGCGUCCAUCAAGUUUUUUAUUUGGCCCGCGCUAUAUGAUUGCAAAAAUGGGAACUUGCUUGUGAAAGGCUGUGUUUAUACAGAAACACCAGAGUAACAGAAAAACAAGUUGACAAUACAGUCGUAUGGAAUCUUUUCACUGGUUAAUCUAGUCAAACAAUGGGUUAGAAACAUUUCAAUACAGAACCGCAGGAGUUAAUAGAACAAACGGGAAGGUUCUUUUCAUUUUGAGAAUCAUUUCACACGUCCAGUGGCUCUAUUUGACUAUUUUCAUAUCAAGACUGUACAAAUGUCCUUUUAAAAUCCAUCAGGCUUACGACAAAGUUAUGAUAUUAUUGGGCGAAAUCUAGAACAUAGAUGGUUGACACGUGAGAAGAUUUCGCAAAAACACUUGUUGUUUAAACAACAUGGGGAAGUUGUUGUGCGCUGAGUAUCCUUAUUGUUUAUAAGAACUCGUUUAAGAGGAUUUGGAAAACAAUAAAUUAGUGAUAAACAAUAAAAUGAGUCAUGAACACCAAGUGUUUGUUUCCGUGUGUCCAAUGUUCCCCAUUCAUGAAGGCAAGCGCGUAGCAGGAGGUACGGACGAGCGGUGGUAGUAACUACACAAACUAGGCCGAAUACCCGAAAAUCGACAUAUUUUGGUCGAAUUUCGGAAGCGAAUAUCGUUGUAAGCGUACAUAUGACAUGUUCAGGAUCGUGCAAUGGAACGUAUUUUAGCAGU